UCGUCUGUACCCUAAUUUUAUAGGUUCUUAUACAUACUAAUCUGUUACACGUUCGACAUUUGGCUGUAUGGUGCAGCACCUGCAUUGUGGAACAAUUAAGCAAUGGAUGGAAGUACUCUCAUUACUCCUUUGUUAAUACUUAAAAUCAAACGUAAACAUCAGUCGUGUGCUACUUGUAAUUAGAUAGAAAACAGCAAAAAUGUCUGAACAUUCGAUAUAUGAUAUGGCCUACCGUGGCAAAACCACAGACGUUAAAAAUUUAUUAAAUGAAAAUGAAAGAUUAAAAACAGCUAAAGAUGGUAAUAGUCGAAUGUUAAUACAUUGGGCAGCACUCGGAGGACACGAUGACUUAGUAAGAUUUUUAUUAUCUCUUGAUGUACCGGUAGAUCCCACUGAUGAUAUGGAUAUGACACCAUUAAUUUUGGCAGCAUCAGCUGGUCGUGAGAAAGUUGUUAAUAUCUUACUAACUGAAGGUGCAAAUGUUAAUGCCAAAACUCAAGAAGGUCAUUCAGCAUUGCAAUAUGCGGCAUCAAAAAACUGGAAAUCUAUUUGUGCUGCAUUACUAGAAAAAGAUGCCUAUAUUAAUAUUACCGACAAACGUGGUGCUACACCACUACAUAGAGCCGCAUCUAAGGGCAAUAUUGCUAUUGUGAAACUUCUCAUAGAAUGUGGACGAAAUUUAGAUAUCGAUAGUAAAGAUGUUGAUGGCAAUAGUGCAUUACAUUUAGCAUGCGAGGAGAAUCGUGUUGAUGAAGCUAAGUUAUUAGUGAAAAAUGGUGCUAGCACAACACUGAUGAAUAAACAAAAGAAAACGCCUUUGGAUUUAGCAAGUCCAGGAUUAGUACGGCAAUUGAAAGAACUACAGGGAAAUUGACCUUUAAUAGUAAAAUAAAGCAUCAAUGUCAUUGGCUCAGUGAUGUUCAAUCUGCAUUUUUUUAGCGUUAAUGCAAAUUUAAUAUUUUAUAACAUAAAAGAUGUGUUAUGUUAAUUUAUUCAUACAAAUUCAUACAAAUAAUUUUGUUACGUUAAAGAUAAUACAGAUAUGAGAUAUAUAUGAAUGAAUUCCUAUAUAGUUUUUAAAUAACAAGUACGCAAAAAGAGGAAGAAA